AGAUUCUGGUAUUAAUUCUGUGCAGAAGAUGAGUCCUUAGCUGUUGUUUAUAGGAGUGAUUUAGGCAGAGCACCUAACACUAUGAUCGAUGGGAAAAAUUCUAGAUAUUCUAUGGAGUUCAAUGCUUUUAUCAACUGAACAACGAAAGCGAAUGAGUGAUUAAUGACUAAAGGACCCGAGAGCACCUGUCAAAGCUUGGUCUGGAAAAAUGGGCCACGAGCAUUCAAUGACGAACAUAGUUUGUCCACCCAGGGAGGAACGUGUCUGUAUGAUAUACUCGGAAUUACCAAGAAAGCCACUAAUACAGAAAUCCGAAAGGCAUAUCGUCGCCUUGCUCUCGCGUACCAUCCUGAUAGAAAUAAAGAAGCCGACGCGGCGAAGAAAUUUCGUAGGGUGCAAUACGCGCAAAAGAUUCUAUUGGAUCCAAACAAGCGUAAUAUUUAUGACAAGUUCGGCAGUAAGGGCAUUAAGCUCGCUGAUCGUGUGGGCGAAAAGAACGUCCCGUUUAUGUUAUAUCUGGAUACCUUCUGGGGUCGUUGUCUCGCAGGUUUUCUGUUUGUGAUCACUGGUUGUGGCUGUUGUUGUCUGUGUUGUGGCUGUUGUUUUUGCUGCGAGUGCUGCUGCAAAUGCUGCUGCAAUCGAUGCUGUGGUGUAUUUGCACGCAAUGAGUCACAAUACUGCUCAUGUCGAGCGGAUGACAGGUUUAUGGACCAAACCCCGGAAGUCGUUGACUUUCAACCAAAUGCAAGAACAGGAGGGGAAAAUACUGCUGCCGGUGGAGUAAAGGAAGUUCAUUCCAAUGAUCGGAGGGUUGACAGCCAAGGAGAUGGGUCUAACGCUGGGAAUCAAGAUGACGUGCACUCGACAACAGCCUCAAAUCAGAACCGACAGAAAUGAUGCCAGAGAAUGGACGGUUUCAGCUAUCAUUUUUAUUUGUUAACUGGCCCCACCAAUGUUAUUAUGAAAUUUUGUAAAUAUAUUAAAUUUAAUUUAAAUUCUCCUUCAUUUAUAUAUGAGGUAACGUACAAGCAUCCAGAGUAUUAUGUCCAGGGUAAAGCUGAAUGCAUCUGGCAAAUUUGAAUGUUAAUCAAGCUAAAUGUCUAGUCUACCGGUGCACACUUUACAAAAAAAAAUGUACACCCGUUAUCUGUUAAGAAUUUUAUAUAUCAGAAAGAGGAAACUUCAAGAUAAGCGUAGUGUUUUCAUCUAGCCUGAUAUACAGGACGACCCAAAUAAAUCCGAAUAGACUUUCUCCGUUAGUUCGCUGCAGUAAUCGAUAUUCUUUCUUCUAGCGUCGA